AUGGGAGUGUUUAAUACUGUGGAAAUGCUGUUGAGUUUUGUGGUUCUACCAUUGGUUGUUACCCUAGCAACCUUAGUUUCAUGUGGGAAUUCACGACCGAAACAUCAAAUAAACGUGGCAAGAAAUUCUCAGAGAGGACUUGUGAAAGUAAGAAAUCAUAAGUCGGGAAGCAAAAAGGAAAUUACAUCAUCAAAAACACAAAAAACACAUAGUACAAGUGGAUCACGAUCAUCUAAAUCGCUCACUAAAUCACGCAAACAUCGAAACAUUCCUUUAAAGCCAACUAAACAUACUGAAACACUGUCAGUAAGUGGAGCGUCCGCUGAGGUGCGAUUGUACAAACUAAUUCCGUUAUCCCAUUAUUAUGAUGUUAUAUUCCUCUAUCGUCGUGAUCUGAGAAUGAAGCCAAAGGAGCUACGCUGGGAUACAUCUGGCGGUUUUCGACAGGUCCUAAUCUCAAAUCAUACCAAAACACGCCGUGCAAUAAAGGUGAAGUGUUCCGAUAACAACAUAUACCGUGUAAAUCCAGUCUAUUCGUUUGUCGAUCCUGGACAAAUAUUGGCUAUCGAUAUUUUACGCCAAAAUGGUGGUGCUAAAGUUGAUAAAAUGGUUUUCGUUGCUGCUAAGGCAAACAAAGAAGAUGUAAAUCCCGAAGCGCUAUUCAAGAAUAAAGCACCAAAACCUAUGAUGGUCAUACCGCUAAUUGCAGUCCGCAAAUAA